UUAAUAUUCUGGCUUCAAAUUAAUCCCUAGAGUAUUUAAACGAAAUAAGGAAAAAGAAAAGAAAAAAAGUGAUAUCGGAUGUUCCUAGUUUGCGCAAUGACGUUGUGCGUGACCUGCGUUUCCAGGGGAACGUGACUUGUUUGGACUGGCGUGCCGUGCAGGUGGAAGGGAGGAACGGUGGUUUUCAGUCGCUUUGUUACAUUUCGAUAAAUAUUUACAAUAUAUCUAUUUUAAACAGUUGUUCUUUUUAUAUUAAAAUGAUUGUAGACUAUAACCUAAUUUAUGCGUCUGUUUUUUUAAUCCGGUGCAUUGUCAUUUUAAACUUGUGACAGAAAUCAGGUCACAUUCAUUGAUGUGAACCAGGUUUAAACCUGAAAAGCUUUUUUUUUUUUUACACCUUAAAUGUUGUUCUAUGAAUGCUGAAAAGUUUGUUUUUAUAUUAGACUUUUUAUUUGGUUUUCAUUGUUUUGAGAAUGACUGGGGAAAUAACAAGCUCACACAGGUUUGCUAGCAACUUCAAAAGUUUGGAUCGCCAAAUGAUGGUCCACAAUCAAGAGGUUCAGAACCUUCUAGGACCUCUUUCACUACUCUGUCACAUCAGUGGUGACAGGAUGACAGACAGGUUUAAGCUCAGAUCAGAGUCUUCAGCUUAUAAGAAGGAUGAAAGCAUUCCAGCCUCUUUGACACAGUUGUGCAAAGAGCUGGAGGAGAGAAUCAUCCAGAUAUCACAACAUUACUCCAUCUGCCAUGAAGACAGAGAGUCUCUGACUGCAGUGUUGACCUCUGAGCUGGGCCUGAUCUGGCAGAACCUGAAAACCCCAUCUGUGGACACCACACUGUCCCAGGAAGAGAAAGUGCAGCUGAACUGCCAAACCUUCAGUGAAGUGCUGCACAUCUGUGUCCAGCUGUUUCUUCACUACCUGCAGGUGAUGAAAACUCUACAGAGGCGAGGGGUCUUCAGUGACUGUGCCAAUCGCAGAAGGGUGGCAGCUCAGCUUGCUGUGGACUGUAGCAGACUUGAAUGUUCGCUCCAUAAGAUGCAGGAUUGUCACAGGAAUCAAGGCUGCACGGAAGGCCAGAACAAGCGCUGUUACACAGAAGACACUACUAACAUGCUCUGA